AUCUAUCUGGGUCCCACCGCUCCAGUUCCUCUCCCCCAUUACAAAUUCUAGUAGUAGCCGUUGGCCUUUGGACCAACAACAGCUUCCUCAUUUCAAAUCCUCACUUGGAAUCCGUCCCCAAAAUCCCAAAGAUCUCAAUUCCGAUCCCCCCAAAUCAUCAAAACCCUAGUUCUCUCUGUUCGACGUUCAGAUUCUUAAUUACGUCGUGGUUUCUGAAGCGCACAGGUUUUGGGAAGGACUGAAAGAUGACGUCAGUGACGCCUGAUUCUAGGAAAGUUGGGACGGGGAUGGCAGCAUCCCCAUCUCCUUUUCUCACGCCUCGGCCCGAAAAGCGGCGUGGUACUCUUGAUUGGAAUUCGAAUCACAAGGAUAAGGAUAAGGAAGUUAAUGUGCAAGUUGUGCUCAGAUGCAGGCCAUUAAGUGAUGAGGAGCAAAAGUCGCAUGUUCAGAAGGUGGUAUCAUGUAAUGAAACAAAAAGAGAAGUCACUGUUUUGCACAGUCUAAAUAACAAGCCAAUAGACAAAGUUUUCACUUUUGACAAGGUUUUCGGUCCAAAAGCACAGCAAAAGUCAAUAUAUGAACAAGCCAUUUCCCCUAUUGUGAAUGAAGUUCUUGAUGGUUUCAACUGCACUGUAUUUGCAUAUGGGCAGACAGGCACCGGUAAAACUUAUACAAUGGAAGGUGGGAUGAGAAAAAAGAAUGGCAAUUUACCUGCUGAGGCUGGUGUAAUUCCACGGGCUGUUCAUCAGAUUUUUGAUACACUCGAAGCACAAAAUGCAGACUACAGCCUGAGAGUGACAUUCUUGGAACUAUAUAAUGAAGAAAUAACUGAUUUACUAGCUCCAGAGGACCACUCAAGAACUUCUGAAGACAGGCAAAAGAAACCUAUUUCCUUGAUGGAGGAUGGAAAGGGUUGUGUGAUCGUGAGAGGCCUCGAAGAAGAACCUGUGUAUACUGUAAAUGAAAUUUAUACUCUGUUGGAAAGGGGGGCUGCCAAGAGGCGUACAGCAGACACUCUUCUGAACAAGCGCAGCAGUCGCUCUCAUUCCGUCUUUUCCAUUACUGUCCAUAUAAAAGAAGCAACAGUUGGUGAUGAGGAGCUAAUUAAAUGCGGCAAACUUAAUCUUGUUGAUUUGGCAGGAUGAAACAUAUCUCGUUCAGGUGCACGUGAGGCUCGUGCAAGAGAAGCAGGAGAGAUAAAUAAGAGCUUACUCACCUUAGGCCGUGUCAUAAAUGCACUAGUGGAGCAUUCCACUCAUAUACCUUACAGGGACAGUAAGCUUACAAGACUUUUAAGAGAAUCACUAGGAGGCAAAACAAAAACUUGCAUCAUCGCCACAAUUUCUCCUUGUUUUCAUUUCGUGGAUGAGACUCUAAGCACACUAGAUUAUGCCCAUCGUGCCAAGAACAUCAAAAACAGACCUGAGGCAAACCAGAAAAUGUCAAAAACAGUGCUGCUUAAGGAUUUGUAUAUAGAGAUUGAGAGAAUGAAAGAAGAUAUUCGGGCAGCACGUGAAAAGAAUGGUGUUUAUAUUCCACGUGAAAGAUUUGUCCUGGAAGAAGCUGAGAAGAAGGCUAGGGUUGAGAGAAUAGAGCAAUUGGAGAAUGACCUCAACCUCUCAGAAAAGCAAGUGGAAAAGUUUCGUGAGCUCUAUCUCAGCGAGCAAGAACAGAAAUUGGAUUUCCAAAGUGAGCUCAAGGACUGUAAGAUAAAUCUGGAAAAUAGUAACAAGGCAUUGCUUGAACUUCAAGAGAAUCACCGGGUAGCCAUCUUAACCCUAAAAGAGAAGGAGCAUAUCAUCUCCAAACUGCUAUCCUCAGAAAAUCUUAUAAUUGGACGAGCAAAGGAGUUACGCACUGAUCUACAGACUGCAUCAGAGGAUAUAAGUUCGCUACAUGAAAAAUUAGAUCAGAAAGACAGAAUGGAGGAAGAAAAUCAAGGCUUGGUUUUGACAUUUGGUUCUCAGCUUGACCGGAGUUUAAAAGAUCUGCAUAAGACCAUCUUAGGGUCUGUUUCUCAACAGAAGAACCAACUAAGAUGCAUGGAGGAGCAUGUUCACUCAUACCUUGCGAGUAAAUGUGAUGCAACAAAGGUAUUGGAAUCAAGGAUUAAGAAAAUAUCAGAGACAUACAGUUCUGGAGUAUCAGCCUUGAAGGAGCUUGCCAACGUGCUGCAAAUGAAAGCAUCAUCUGACUUGGAGCAGCUAAAUAGUAAAACAUUAUCACAGACAGUGGCUGUUGAGAAGUUUCUUGGAUCUGCGGUUACGGAGGCCAACGAGGUCAUCCAAGAUAUUCAGCAGUCUAUUGUUGAGCAUAAACAGCUAUUGGCUUUCUCCACUCAGCAACACGAGCUGGGAUUACAACGAAGUUUGCAUUCAGCACAAGUUAUUUCAAAGGCUAGUGUGAAUUUUUUUGAUGACCUCCAUGACCGUGCUUCAGAAGUUAUGAAAAUUCUUGAAUCUAGUCAAGUCAAACGAUUCCACCAGUUAGUGAACUUUGAGAAGAUGUUUAAGGAAGAGGCUGCUAGAGAGGAAAAACAGGCUUUUGAUAAAAUUGCAGCAGUAUUAGAAACUUUGACGUCUAAGAAAAUUUCUAUGGUAUCGGAGGCAUCAACCAGCAUCAAGCACACAGAUACAAAAGAGCAUAGCAUAUUGCAAAAAGAGGUGUUUACCAUGCAACAAGUGGCAACAGAUGCUAGGAAGGAGUUGAGCGAACAUUUGGAAAAGGUGGAGAGUCAUUUUAUGGAAGACACAUUCUCAGCAGCUGAAUCUCACACAAUCAUGGAAAACUGCCUCCAAGAGUGCUCAGAGAGAGUUGGUUAUUCUAGAAAACAGUGGGAAAAUACCGAGUCAACGAUAAAUCAUAUGAAUAAGAACAGUGUUUCAAAGAUCGAAUCCACUGUGAAGGAAAACAUCUCUGCAAAUCGUUUGGCACAUGAAGAGUUUGUGUCUGCAUCCUCCCAUGUGGAUGCAGAUUUUGAUGCUAUAACCACUGACACGCUGGCAUGCGUUAAUGCUUCGCUGAUGCAAGAUCAUGAAAAGGCAAAAGAGAUGGAUUCCAUAACUACCUUAUGCUUGGAUCAACUUAAAUCAGUACAAGACAAUCACAGUGAAAGUGUAUCAACCAUACGAAACCAAGCAGAAAAGUGUCUUGUACAAGAUUAUGCAGUUGAUAAGCAUGCUGGUACUCGGAAGAAAAAAGUUAUAGAAGUCCCAAGCUUGGCAUCUAUUGAGGAAAUGAGAAGCUCCUUUGACAUCAAAGAAGAGAAUGUUUCUGAUGACAAAUUGAAGUGGAGCCAAACUGAAAGCAAGAUCCCGUGUCCCAGAACUCCCUUCGCAGAUGUCAACUAAUUGCUAGUCAAGAAUUUACACUACAUGUUGUGUGCUAGCUGUUCAUUUGUCAAAACAAGCUCAUCAACUGAUGAGCAAUGAGAACAAGUCCAUCUAUUCCGUGCUGCUCAUUUACACAGCGAUCGAUGACCGGGCAUCGUGUAAUCGUGUUCCCAUUUAUUCCUUAGAAGUUAAGAAGACAGCAGUGUAAUAUCUUUUAGUUAAUUUCCAUGAAAAAAUGAAUAACAUUCCCAAGUUUA